CGAACCUCCAGGCAACUCUUUGGCAGCAGUUACACACCUCCUUUGUUUCACGCAGCUCCGAUACCUGCAGCUCAGUCUUCAUUACUCCAUUAUCAUUAACAACGACCUUCUUUUCGAAGCCAUGUCAGCGUGGCCGCACAUAGUCUGGCUGGAAUUAGUGGACCAGCAGAUAACACCCGUUACAUUCCGCGGGUUAUUUGCAGCGCUCCGUCAUUGUCCCCACUUGCAUUGGCUGCAGAUAUCAACGGACACCGUGAACAUCGAUAUCGAUCCUGACACAGAGUCAUUUCAACAUACCGCUCUACAGCAACUGAUUUUGAGACCAUCUGAUUUAGCAGAUGGCGAAGCUGUUGCUCGCAUCAUCUUCUCCAUGCUCCCUUGCGUCGACAGGGUUCUAUACUCGGUAUACCCCGAAUUAUACUCGUGGCAUGAGGUCAAUCGGCAUCUUGAAUCUUUCAGAUCUUCUCCGGUCACUGGUCACUAUAUCACAGGAGUACCGUCAGAGAUCUGAUUUUGGGAUAUACUCAUGUUCGAGCAACUAUCUACAUGCCUUCGUUUGUAGCCUGAUUUUGCUGCCGUUGACCAUGGCUCCAAUUAUUUCUCUCGUCUCGCCGUGACUUGAAGUUGCUGUACCACAAGACUAAUAAGGACCAAUACCAUUUUUUAAUAUGGGGCCUUCCAGCAAAUCUCUCAUGUUUCAGAAUUACAUGUAACGAUCUGCAAACCGCAUCGUAACUGAUUCUCCACUUGCAGCCCCGUAAUAUUACAGUGACGGAAAAGCUUUCUACAACUGUAACUAC